CAAAUGACCAAGCGGAGAGCAGAGAACAUUUUGCCUCCCGAAAUCCCCAGUAAAAGAAGUUUUCGGUUUCUCUUCAACAUCGACAAACCUGUCGCAGGUGUGAAUUUGAUCCAAAACGCUAAUCCAUCCUCGUUGUUGUCAUUCUCUGGACAACGCGGCAGGAAAAGACCAAAGUUUCUCGAUGACCCGCUGGAUGCCAUUAACCUACCGAGAAAAGUGGCUGCAAACAUGAUUGAUUCAGUGCUGGCAGAUAAGAACACAUGCAAGCCUAGAACAUUCGAGGAUGCUGGUAACGUUAGAUCUGCUGUCACGCGGCGGUCAUCUUGCGCGCUUCAAACUGAGUCAAAUAAACUGCCAGACGAAGAAAAUAACCUUACUGCAGGAGACAAGGCGAUGCACACAGAUGAGGACCUCUCUCCAUUCAAUUCCUUCCAGUUCUGGCAGGUUCCACUGCCUGAGUUGGAUCUCUCUCUCUUGGAGACUGAACCCUCAGCUGGGUCCUGCACAGCCUCUUCCACCAAAGACUUAGAGGCGAUGGAAACCUGAGGAGAUCGCCAAUGCACAGUGACAGGUUCAUUCUUGUUUAGAUGUUGUGUUGCCAAAUUACGCGACUGGACAUGAGAUGAUUCCCCCUGAUCUGCACUAGAUGAAUGUAUGAACAAAGCCGUGUGCUUUGUAUUGUUUGUAAGCCUCCAGCACAAGCAACACAACACAUCAUGGUCAUGUGACCUCAGUCCUCUCCUAUUUGGUUCAUGUGCUCAGAAGUGUGAAAGCAUAAUGCUGUAUAUAUUGAACUGAUCAUGUA